AUGGACAUCUCGUCUGCAUUUGGCAACUGUCUUCAACACAUAGUGAGUAGAACCCCCUCAUACUCCUAUGCGGGCCUAACUACUCCUCUCCCCGGAAUCAGUUUCGCUGGUUCCACAUCGGGCAUUCCAAUCCGUGACAAUGAUUCCUUAACUCGGGACCUUCUAAAACUCCUUCUCUUGCAUUCACUGCCUCUACGACGUGCCAUUUAUGGUAGGGCUCUGUCCUUCGACGAAUUGCCACAUAAUACCCCCAAUCCUGCGAACGGAAUCAACCAAAUCAUAGCCCUGCCCCUUCUCAAAAUUCUCUAUGAAUCUCGAUUCGAUUUGGAGCUGUGGGGAGGUAGAAAAUCCAGCUGGAAGAAGUGGCAGCUACUGUCAGAACCGAUUUGGAACACCCAUUUACCAUAUCCCAAACAUCCGGAUGAUCAGUGGGCGUGCUCCGCUUUGGGAAUAUUUGGAGCUAAUGGAAUUCCUGGUUUGAGGUACUCUGAGAUUUGGAGACAGAUUAUUGCUUUUGACUGCUUCUCUGCCUUCACUGAGGCUGGUAUCCAUCGAGAUCACAACUCAGAAAAGGUGAAGGAUUUAUUCCUCAAGUACCGACGAACAGUGCUUGAUCCAGGCACAGCUCUAUCCUGCCGCGAUGUGUUCAAGGCAUUCAGAGGUCGAGAUCCUCUCCCAGAGCAUAUGCUGCAAUAUUUUGAAGCCUCAAACAGACUUGAUCAACAGGAGUCAACCUCUGGCCCAUCUGAGGAGGAGGAGGAGGAGUAG